AUGCGUGAAAUCAUCUCCAUCCAUGUCGGCCAGGCGGGUGUCCAGAUCGGCAAUGCCUGCUGGGAGCUCUACACCAUCGAGCAUGGCUUGACUCCCGAUGGCCGAAUCCUCGACGAAUCUGCUGCCAAGCGGGAAGAGGGCUUCAGUACUUUCUUCUCUGAAACCGGCAGCGGGAAAUAUGUCCCUCGCAGCAUAUACGUCGACUUGGAACCGAAUGUAAUCGAUGAGGUUCGCACUGGAACCUACCGCUCACUCUUCCACCCCGAGACUAUGGUCUCCGGCAAAGAAGACGCAGCAAACAAUUAUGCUCGUGGACACUACACCGUCGGUAAAGAGCAAAUCGAUGUGGUGAUGGACCGUGUGCGAAAGUUGGCCGACAACUGCUCUGGUCUCCAAGGCUUUUUCGUCUUCCACUCCUUCGGUGGAGGCACCGGUUCAGGAUUCGGAGCCUUGCUACUCGAGCGUCUCAGCGGCGAUUACGGCAAGAAGGCGAAGCUGGAAUUCACGGUCUAUCCGGCGCCGAAGAUGUCGAACUCUGUUGUCGAGCCCUACAACUCGAUCCUCACGACUCAUACCACUUUAGAACAUGUCGAUUGCUCGUUCAUGGUCGACAACGAAGCCAUCUACGACAUCUGUCGGAAGAACCUCGGCGUCCAAUCGCCUGGUUAUACCAACCUCAACCGACUGAUCUCUCAGGUUGUUUCAUCGGUCACGGCCUCCUUGCGAUUCGAUGGAAGCUUGAACGUCGACUUGAACGAGUUCCAGACCAACCUGGUGCCCUUCCCGCGGAUCCAUUUCCCCUUGGCAUCCUAUGCGCCCAUCAUCAGUCGAGAGAAAGCGGUGCACGAGAGCAACAGUGUAGCGGAGAUGACGAUGACGUGUUUUGAGCCGAACAACCAGAUGGUCAAGUGUGACCCCCGCCAAGGCAAAUACAUGUCCUGCGCCCUACUCUACCGCGGCGAUGUCGUGCCCCGAGACGCUAAUGCAGCCGUGACGACGAUCAAAACUAAACGGACUAUCCAAUUCGUCGACUGGUGUCCUACCGGAUUCAAGCUCGGCAUCUGCAACGAGCCUCCAGCGAGCGUUCCCGGCGGCGAUACGGCUGCCGCUAGCCGCAGUCUUUGCAUGCUUAGUAACACCACGGCCAUUGCAGCUGCUUGGAGCCGACUGGACCACAAGUUCGACCUGCUUUACAGCAAGCGCGCCUUUGUUCAUUGGUAUGUCGGCGAGGGAAUGGAGGAGGGCGAAUUCUCGGAAGCCAGAGAAGAUUUGGCAGCCUUGGAGAAAGAUUACGAGGAGGUUGGAAUCGAUAGUGCUGAUGUUGAAGAAGAAGAGGGAGUGGAAUACUAA